UCACCGCAGACCAGGUCCAUGGAAGAUGGAAUGCCUUAGUAAUGCUGUACAGGAGGAUGGUUAACCACAAUGCAAAUUCCAAUAAUGAACCUAUGACAAUUGCUUUCAAGGAGUCUGUGGAAAGUGUAUUUAGCUAUACCCCGGACAGCAAGAUAUUUGAAAAGUGUGAAAAGCAGCUUAAUGAGAGAAUGAAAUGGACACCAUCCCUUGAACGAUGUCUCCUAGCAGCUUACAAAGAUUUGGUAGACAGCCCUAAGAAAGAGCAAACAAAAAACAAUGAACUGUGGCAGAAGAUUGCUAUGUAUUUAGAAAAAGAAGCCAGUUAUGUUACAACAACAGAAAGAGUAAAGACUCGCUUCUAUGAGCUGGCAAAGCAGUAUGCAGCCAUGUUACAGCAUAAUUCUGAUCCAGGGACACUUUAUCGGGAGUCAAGACAUCAUGAAAUAUUGGCUGAGAUUUAUAGCAGAUACAAUUGUUGGCCACAUGAUGGCUCUACUAUCAAACUUGACAAAUCCAAUGCAAUACGACUGAGACAAUUGGAUGCCCAGCUACUCUGGAGUGAGGAGGAGUCCAUUGCAGUAUUGCAGCUCUACCCAAAUGUCUUGCUAGAUCACAUUAGUAACAGUGAUCAGCCUCAGCCACCAGAGGAGUUGUGGGUUCAGUUGGCCAAGGCAUUAUAUGCUUCAGAUGGUUAUGUGAAGGCUCCUUAUGAGAUAGAAGAGCACAUCACCCUCCUGCGCCGAGGUCACAAGAGCUCCAGACGCUUCCCUUUCCAAGCUGCAAUGGACCUCCUGGAAGAGACAGAGACUUCACUCUGCUUCUCUCCCGAGUCCCCUUCAAGAGACAGUGACCAGCUCUUGCCCUACUGGAGUCAUGGAGCUGCCAGGCUCAUGCUCGACCUUGUCAUUCACUACCGGCAGGAGGGAAUUAAAAUGAUGACUGAUAAUCUCUUUGAAGUUAUUAGCCGCAAUAUGGAGGAGGAGGGUUAUAGUUAUACAGCUGAUGAAUGCCGUGAAUAUUUCUUCCUUCUACAAAAGAUAUACAAGAACAGGCUGUACAAUAGCAAGAAAAAGCUGACGGAGAAUGCAAAGACUUUUCCUUACAUGGACAGAAUGACAGAACUGCGGAUAGUUUCCAGCCAGACAGGAAUGAACAAAAUAAAUGACAAGUAUGCAGCUGUCCUUGCUGCCGCUGCAUCUCAACUGACAGCUGUGAAAGAGUGUGAUAAGGAAAGUAGAAGGAGAGCGCUGGAGACUGCAUUGUUGAAAACCAAAAUGCACUUAAGAGACGUUACUCACAUUCGCCCUCCGCCAUCCAUCCGAGAGCUCGGAGGCUUUUUGAUGGCAGUUGUGAAGGAGAAAAGUGCCAAGCCAAAAGGAGAAACGGAGGACGUGAAAAAGCUGACAGAUAUUUUAAAGCCUCAUUUGGAUGUACUGGUUUUGAUCUCGGAACAUGGAGCAGUGCAUAUAUACCAUGACUACCAAGCAGAGGCUUUAAAGAGCAGAGAUAAAGAAUAUGAAAGAAGAAAAAUUAAAGCGAUUGGUGUACAAUGGACGAAUGACAACACCCGCAUUAUGUUGGAAACUAUUAAGGAAUGGCUCUUCCUCUGCCAUGAUAAUCGAGAAAUGGAAGAGGUUUUAGGAUGCAGUCAACCCCUUUGGGAAGAAGUUGCCUAUAAGCUGAGUCGUCGCUUUAACAAAUGCCCACAGAUUUGUUGGCAGUAUUUCAUUCGGUUAAGAAAGGAGUACCUAGCAGCACUGACCUCUGAAGGCUACCUGAAAUACAUACCAAGUUUGAAAACUUCUCACUGCCAAGAACUUCUACAGGGUAUUUUGUCUCUCCACACAUCACAUGAUGGAGAAUGGGAUGAGAGAGAUGCGAGAUGGAUGCAAGAAACAGGCGGAUGGAACUGCAAGGAGACUAUUGAGCUGCUCUUCACGGUCAGGGAAUUUUGGCCGGGUGAAGAAACGGUGAACUGGAAAAUGAUUAGCCUGAUGAUGUAUGCUGGAGGAUUUAAGCGUGAUGCGAAAUCCUGCUAUGUGAGAUUUAAAGAGUUGUACCGCGAAUAUCAAGAAGCUUUCAAGCACAAUGAGCGCAGCAACAUCCGAGAUCGUCAGAAGUCUUCCUUCUAUUACAAAAUACAUUCCUUGUUUGGGUACAGAGACAAACUUCCUUCAUAUUACUCCGAGGACACAUGUGAAACAAGAAACACCGAUAUAGAUGAGGAAGAACUUAUUGAGGUGCUACUAGCUGGUAUGAAGGAGAUUAAGAAUCUGUCAUGCCAUAGUGUUCCACGUGUUCCCCUCUUGCAGGCCUUAGCUCAGUAUGUGGACAUCCACUGCCAAUCUUCUGAUCGAAGCUUGAGUAUACAACAGAUAUGGAAGUAUUUGGUGCAGGUUCACCAUGCUCAGAUGGAGAGUGUCCAGCAAGGAGUUGAAGGACCACUUGGAAUGGACUUAGAUGGGCUCUGGCUUGAUAGCACUAAUCCAGUCGUUGCUUUUGGGGUCCAUUGUGUUCCUUAUCCAAAGUGGGAAAUUGUCAGUGAAUGGUCCCUCGAAGAACUAGAGAUAUUAGUGGACACCAUUGUCAGAUGGGAAGGAACGUCAUCAGGCAGUAUACAAACAGAGGAAUCUUUAGCUGAAGAUAUUGCCCAACAGCUGCAGGCUCAUGGCUUUGACAAAUCCUCUGACCAGUGUAAAGAACAGUGGCAGUACAUGGUAAAAACAUACUGUCAUGGAGGCUAUCAGAAUUUCAAGAGCCAGAUUAACCUUGUGUACCUGUGUCAGCCAUCUAUAAUACAAUCUGCCUUGUUUGAUUCAGAAAGUAGUUUAAAAAGUCAAAAUCAUCAGUGCACUAGGAAAGAUGAGAAAGUGUUUGAUUUUUCAGACCCAAGCGAUACCAUCUUAAUGAAAUCCAAUAAGAUUCAGCCGGAAAAUAGUUCACUUGAUGUUGAAUUAUCAUCCCAAGGACAGAAGGAAAAUAAUGCAGAAAAGAUUAUGGAUAAAAUCAGUAUCAGUAAUGCGUAUGAAUGCCCUGAUUUUGUGUGUGAUACUACAAAAAGUAAUACUCAUAAAGCCUGUGUAGAGAGUAAUGUAAUAAAGGAUAAUGUUUAUGGUGCAAAAGAUCAAAUAGAAAGCAACACUUCAUCAAAGAAACAGGAAAAUGGAUAUUCAGAUGGUGUACAAUGUGAAAAAUUAAAAGAAUCUAGACAUGACGAAGUUGACGAGACUUUAAGAAUAAAAGCCAAAGUAAUUAGCAUUAGUGAAUUUCCUGAAUCUAAGAUAAUUAUGUGUCAGGUUCAGAAAAAUGAGGCAACACAGGUUUUCAAGCUUCACUAUCCAAUAAGUUACAAUAUACCUAAUAAUAUUAGAUACCUGUACAUACCAAAAAAUAUUUUGUGUCCUGAGUACAAAUUACAGACAGUGGACCCAAAUACAGACUCUGAUAGUAGAGAAAGUGAAGCUGCUGAAAACACCAGCGUGAAACCUGAAGAAAGCAUUCAGCAUAAGACAAAGAUGAAAGCAAAAUUAGAAAUGCCUUCCAAAAAUGAGGAAAAACAAUAUUCCUCCAGCAAAAGAAAUAUAGAUAUGGAACAAGAGGAAAGCAAAGAUAACAAGGAAACCAGAAAAGAAAACAACAGAUGUGCAAAAAAACUGAAACAAGAAGUCUAUUCAUCUGAGAAACCUGUCAGACUAAAGGUUCAAAAUAAUGGGCAGGGUAUCAGCGCCUCACAUCAUAAAGAAAUUAUCAAAGACAAAAGUAUCAAAGAGGUUCCAAAUUCUGAAAAAAGUAUUGAAAGGGUGAGCCAAAAAGAUAAAGAGUCACAAGAUGUUUUGCAAUUAGCUGAGGAAUACCACCAGCAGUGUGAUGGUGAAGAUGACAGACUUGCCUCUCUAAUGAAAGAAAGUCAAGAAGAAUUUGCAAUGGACUUCCAACGGGUUCUUUCAGCUUUUCAAGAACUUUCAGAUUUUCUCUGAUGGUGGAAUGAUUUUUGAUACAUGUAUGCUAAGAGUAAUGCAAUACCCGUGCUAUUAAUUUUUGGAUUAUUUGUAGCUAGCUGAAUAAUAAAUUGGUCUCUUGUA